AUGGUAGAUCCUUUGGAUGCCUCUACAACUGUUGAUUGUGCACCUGCACCAGUUUCAGGUGAAAAGGAACAUAAACUUAGAUCUGAUGUUUGGGAAUAUUUUGAUCUCAUUAAAUAUAAAAAUGGAUCAAAGAAGGGAGUGUGCAAGGCUUGUAAAGUGGGAUAUAAAUAUGAUAACCAGAAAGGUGGAACCUCAUCUAUGAAAAGGCAUAAGUGCCGUGAGCGUCAUUCUCAGGACAUAGGGCAAAUGAUUUUAUCUGCAAAGAAUGGCCAGUUGUCUUCCCGCGUACGCAAAAUUGAUCAGAUGAAGUUUCAGGAUCUUAUUUCAGAAUUACUCAUUGCAAGAAAUGUCCCAUUGGCUUUGGUGGAGUGGAAAGAAUUUAGGGACAUAUGUGCUUAUCUAAAUGAGGAUGCUAAACCAAUAUCAAGGAAUACUGGGAAAGCCGAUAUUAUCAAAAAACAUAAUGCACAAAAAGAAAGUAGACUUGUUGCAAAGAAGAUCCUGUUUAACAAGGGAAAAUACUUUCAUGUGCGUUGUUGUGAUCACAUCUUAGCUCUUAUUGUAAAAGAUGGACUUGUGAAGAUUGAUCCAGUUGUGCUUAAGUUAAGAAAGUCAGUGAAGUCGCUUAAAAAGUCCCAAGUAAGAAAACAAAAGUUCUUGGACAUUGUUGAUACUUUAGGAAUGUCUGCAGUAAGAAGGGGUAUUCGUCAAGAUGUUAAGACAAGAUGGCAUUCAACUUAUCUUAUGUUAGACAGUUGUCUUGUGUAUAGAAGUGUUUUCGCUCACUUGAAGGAGGUGGAUUCAGACUAUAAAGACUUCCCAACUGACGAAGAAUGGGAUCAAAUUGAAGUGGUCACAAAGUUUCUCAAGACGUUUUAUGAUCUCACAACUUUGUUUUCUGGUAGUAAGUAUCCUACCUCCAAUCUAUAUUUUGAAGGAGUUUGUCAAGUUCAGGUGUUAUUAAAAAACGAAAGCACAAAUGAAAUUGAAUUCAUUAGGGACAUGGUGAAAGAGAUGCAAGAAAAGUUUAACAGUUAUUGGGAGAACUUAAGUCCUAUAUUGGCUAUGACACUUGUGUUAGAUCCUAGAUUGAAACUGAAGUAUCUUAACUUUGCUUAUUCCAAGUUGUAUCCUGAUGUAAGACAAUUAGAAAGUAAAGUUGCUGAUGUGCGUGAAGAUAUGAAAAAACUUUAUAAUGAGUAUUACACCUUGUUAAGAGCUUCUGGUAGUGGAACUCAGAAUUUUGGUAUUCAAACUGGUGCGAAUUCUGCCCAUCAAGGAAGUGAGUGGAUCCAUGUAAUUUUAAAGCUUACUUAUGUCAGUACAUGUGGUCUUGAAUAUGCUGCAGCACAGGAAAGUGGUGGUGAUCUGCAAUCUGACUUGUCAGAGUUGGAUCAAUAUCUUAGCGAGAAAUAUGGAUUUGUUAAUCAACCGCUCGAUAUCCUAAUGUAUUGGAAAGCCCAGGAACAAUGA